CCUAUACAAACAAAGGGAUGAGACACUCACUGAACCGAAGAACAAGCUAACGCGUUGUUACGCAAAAGGGAAACGAGACUUGCGACCCAACGAGACUUCGCGCUUCGAGGCAAAUUUUCACAGCCGCCAUUUUGACAAAGCGAGACCGUGACAAAGCAAUCGGGAAAGAAUAAGAGUACAAAUUAACCAAGUGUUGCCAACACAGAAGUAUUCAUUGCAAAGAAUGCCUAGAAAACGCAAAAGAGGAUCCCUUACGGUGAAACGCAAGUACCACUACAUAACAUCUGAACAGCCAAAGGAAGAAAACCAUGUUGCCAGUGAACCCCUGGUGAACAUUAAAGCUACAACAGAUUCUUCUACCCAGUCAGAAAGUGAAAAUGUGCAGUUCACACGUGAUCAUAGUUAUGCUAUUGAUGAAGACUCCACAUAUGAGCUUGACUCCUUCCAGGAGACAAACAAUGAUAAGCCUGAAGCUGAUGUGAUGGAAUGUAGUUCAGGGCUUCUAGAAAUGGAGGUGGAGACGACAACCUUCUCAGACUUUGCUGUGGAACUUAAACUUCAAAAUAUUUCAUCUCAGUUCGUUGUAAAGGAAUCAGAGCAAUCAAUUCAAAUGUUACAGUUGUACGCAAAUGACAGUCUGACAGCAAUCAAGUUAUCGGUUGAAAUUAAGAGUGAUUUUACGUGCUCUGUCUAUGUGCAUCGGAAAUGCAUUCCGAGAUCUCACCAAAUAUGGACUGGACUGCCACAACAUAUCAAUCGCGUUGCUUAUGUUCUGGUGUUAUUGGAAAGACUGUUAAAAUUUGAUGUCUGUAUAGGAAAUCCUGAGAUGGAAUUUUCAAAUUUAGUUCCCAUUGGAUCAGGGUUGUCCAGCAACAACUCCCCAGAAAUUGUGGCGUACAGGGAAGGGGACUUCAACGCAACACAUGCCAGUGGAGAGAGAUAUAAUUCCACUAUUAGAUCUGUGAAAUGUGACAUGCUGUCCACAUCAAAAAAGUGUACAGCCUGCAAAAAGUACUUUUACUUAUUACAAAGCAGGAAAAAUAGGGUUGAAAGCAGACUAAAUUCGUGCCGAAAAUACAGCCACACAAACUUUAAACAUAGAGACAUGACUAAACAGGAACUCAAUAUGAAAUUAAACGAGCAGAAACAUGAAAUAAAAAAUUUACAAACAGAGUUGUGGAAACAAAGGAGGGAAAACAUGUUUAUUCCUUAUAUUGUAAAUUGAACUUUUUUCGAAGUAAUGCAUGAUUUGUAUUUACUUCAAAAGCAUGCUGUUAUUGUAAAUGUAAUGUAAAUGACGAUUAGCUUAACAUGCUUAAGUCAGAAUAAACUUUUAUGUUCUAUUAACUGCAUUUAAAUCUUUGUCCAUAAUUUUGUUA